AGAGAAGAAAAGGGGGGGACUGAGAAAGAAACAAAGAAAGUUGUCAAGCGUCGCUUGCUGCCAAAACCCUCGAUCUCGAAAUUCUAAGCAAAGCCAAGAGCCACAGCUAACAAUCUCAUCUUCUUCCUCACUCUUUUCUCUGCUGAGGGCGAGGGGUUUCUCAAUGGUAGAUCUUGAGAGCUCUGAGGGCACAGAUGAUGAUUGAACGUCAGAUACCGACCAAUUUACUUUUGAUUGGCAGGUUAUAAUCAUCUGACUUCAUUAGCUGCAUCAUGGGCAUUACUUCAAAGUGGCUCAAAUCAUUGGUUGGACUUAAAAAGCAAGAAAAAUCACAGAACUCAGAGGACGAUGGAUAUAAAAGGAGACCUUCUGGUUAUUCUUGGCAUCAAAGAAGACAAUCUGUCAAUCUAGAUGAUGAAAUAAAAGAAGAGGAGUUUGUCAUUGGAACUGCUAUGCCAACAGGAGAACUUGAGGUUCAAGCAAGCUCAAAUUCUGCACUCUCCACCUCACUGCAAGUGCAAGUCUCUUAUCAGACCAAAGAGAAUUUGAAAGAGGAAUGGGCUGCGACAGUUAUUCAAACUGUUUUUCGAGCUUUCCUGGCCAGACGAGCAUUGCGAGCUUUAAAAGGAUUGGUCAGACUUCAGGCCCUCGUUCGAGGUCAUGCUGUUAGGAAGCAAGCUGCAGUAACUCUUCGCUGUAUGCAAGCCUUGGUUAGAGUUCAGGCUCGUGUCAGAGCAAGGCGAGUCCGGAUGACACUAGAAAAUCAAAUAGAACAGCAAAAGGUUCAGCAACAACUUGUAAAUGAAGCUCAUGUUCGCGAAGUAGAGGAAGGAUGGUGUGAUAGUGUUGGAUCCGUGGAAGAUAUUCAAGCAAAGCUGGUAAAGAGGCAGGAAGCUGCAGCCAAGCGGGAGAGAGCUAUGGCAUAUGCUCUGACCCAUCAGUGGCAAGCUGGUGCUAAGCAGCUAGCUGCCCCCAAAGGAUUUGAACCGGAUAAAAACAACUGGGGUUGGAAUUGGUUAGAGCGGUGGAUGGCUGUUCGUCCAUGGGAGAAUCGGUUUCUAGAUACUAAUGCUAAGGAUGGGAUGAUGACUGAGAAUGGGUCAACAGAGGGUACUAAUGGAGGCAAAACACAGAUCAGAUCCCAUGGCAAAAAAUCCAUUACAACACUUCAUUCAAAUAUCUCAAAUCUUAAAACAGGCCCUUCUCUGUCUGAGGGAACCGGUUCUUCUUCAAGCCGGUCGGUAAGCUUGCUAGGUUCGUCUGUUCCAUCAGUUAAGCUGAAGGCAAAGCCAUCAUAUGAGGAGGCCACUGGAGAAGCAAUCUCUAGACCCUCUGGUAUUGGUCCUCGUUCCAAUAGCACUCCAAAAGAGAGGCCAGUACAGAUAGAUUCUCAGGCUAAAAAGAGGCUGUCAUUGCAAGGGAAUGGCGGCACAACAGGUAAACGCACUGUGAACAGGAUCUUAGCGAACAGGUCAGCUAAUGCUCAGAAAUCAGCCAAAGAAGCAGCCAGAUCAGAAGUAAAUCAUAAUCUUAAUCCUGCAGACUCCAUUCCUAAAAGAGUUGAACUUCAGACAUGAGAAGCAUUCUACCAUUCUAUGCUUAAAUUAUGGGUUCUCGCGUUGUAUAUACAUAAUGUCAACCUUUUCUACAAAAGGUCAUAACGAGAGGGCGGAAGAAACUAUCACCAUUUCCUGUACGGAUAACAUUGUAAGAGCCAGCCCGUCGUUGUAUAAUUUGUUGUAACAGUGUGGGUAUUUAUUUAUUCUCUUUGAAUUUCGGCUUUGUGGGGUUCCAUAUUGUUCCAGGCUUCAUCUGUUGUUGAGUAGGCACCAGCAUUUUGUGUUCAAUUCUAUGUAUUGUGAUGAGACGAUUUAAGAUAUAUUUUAAGGUAUCACUUGUCAUAAGAUUAGGUUUUUCACUUUUUUGUGUAAUGAAUGGAGAAUGUUAUCAGCAAUCAAAGUGUUAGCAUGCUA